AAGAUAAAAGCUAGAUAUUUUUAAGUCGUUUCUAGUCGUUUAGAAAUAUUUGAGGGAAGCACAAAGGUAUCUGAGCGACAAUCUUUGCGAAGUUAUGGUAUUCUACGGAAGAUCUGGGCCUACGUCCCUUAUUAUAUUUCUGUUCAUUUUCAUUAUUUCAACUUUGAUAUCAGUAGAAGCUUCCCUCUUGUAUGAAUGCCCAGAACCGGAAGACAUAUUCCCAUGCUAUUGUGAAGAAGAAGAUGAUGACCCAAUGGUAUUCUGUAACCACUUAAGCCAACCAGAACAAAUAUCUCAAGGCGUCAGAGGAUUAAAAGGCCAUAGAAUUUACAGAAUGUCCUUUUUCAUGAAUUGGAUUCUAGAUCCGGUGAAAUCCGACGCUUUUAGUGACAUUGCAGUUGAAAGAAUACUGUUUGAAAAUUCGACAAUAACUCUCACUGCACCCCAGUUUAAAGGCAUGGAAAAUCAUCUUUCUAGUAUUCAAUUGCGAGCGAUUUUUAACCAAACAAAUCCAGUUGGUUCUUGGUCAUUAAGUCAUUUGACUAAACUCAGAGAACUGAUUGUAGAAAGAAAUAAAAUUACCACUCUUGCUGAUGACUGGCUAACUAGCGUGCCUGAUUCUUUAAGGACUGUGACUUUGGAAGGAAAUAAUUUAGUUUCUAUGGGAGAUGAAGUACUUUCUAAAGUUAAGCACCUUACAUUUUUGGUUUUGGAAUCUAACAGAUUAACUUCAUUGAAACGUUCAAUGCUUCCAAGUCCAGCUGCAGAUUUAAGAUCUAUAAAUCUCAACUAUAAUCGAAUACGUUACUUGCCGUAUGAUAUGUUCACAGAAAUGCCGAAUUUACGAAGCUUGGAAAUGUCGAAUAACAGGUUAACAACCUUAGACGAGCAAAUAUGGUCCGGAAUCAUGUCGCAGCUAACCAAAUUGGAUGUUUCAGAUAAUGCUUUUGAAUGUGACCGCAUGUUUAAGUGGAUGGUCAAAUCAAAGAAACCAGUUCUGCUCGAAGGAAAUUGUGAAAAACCUGAAGAAAUAAAAGGCAAAUCUCUCCGCCUUUUGAAAGAAUCUGACUUAAACUGACGUCAAUAAAAUUAGUAUUGAUGACUUAUAAUGAAGAAAUAUAAAUAAAAUAAUUUAUUUAUUUGGA